CUGGGAUUGGGCAGGAAGUGCUGACUGGUUGGGGAGUGCCAGCCGCCAGCACGGCUGAGCGAUGGCCACGGCGGCCGCGGGCCGGCUUCUGGGCACCUGGGCGCUGCUGGCCCAGCUGCUGGGACUGGGACUUCUGGGCCCCGACCCAGCCAAGGCACUGCACAACGUCACGGCCGAGCUGUUUGGCUCUGAGGCCUGGGGAACUGUUGCCGCCUUCGGGGACUUCAACUCGGACAAGCAGACGGACCUUUUCGUGCUGCGGGAAAGAAAUGAUUUAAUCAUCUUUCUGGCAGACCAGAAGGAACCCUAUUUUAAACCCAAAGUAACACUAUCCAUGAAGAAUCAAAGUUCAUUGAUAACAAGUGUAGUUCCUGGGGAUUAUGAUGGAGAUUCACAAAUGGAUGUCCUCUUAACAUAUCUUCCCAUAAAUCAUGUCAACAAUGAGUUAUUAGUUGUUAUCUUCUGGGGACAAAAUCAAACAUUAAAUCCUCGCAAUAAGACUGUUUUCAAUAGGACAUUUUAUGAUGAACCACUAAUUAUGGACUUCAAUGGUGAUUUAAUCCCUGAUGUUUUUGGUGUCACAAAUGUAUCGAGCCAACCACAGAUCCUGAUAGGCGGGAAUUUAUCAUGGCAUCCUGUACUGAAUAUUCAGAGUAAAAUGAAAAUACCACAUUCUCAUGCCUUUAUUGAUUUGAAUAAAGAUUUUACUGCAGAUUUGUUCCUUACUACAAUAUCAAGGUCCAAUACCAUUCAGUUUGAGAUAUGGGAAAACAAGGAUGGAAAUUAUUCUUCUGCCACUUACAUAAUUGAGAAACCCCAAAACAUGAAGUUGGUUGGUCAGUCAGCAUUUGCAGACUUUGGUAAGAAUGAUUACAAUCAGCAAGCUUUUUUACUAGAAAAUGUCCCCUGCAAUAAUGCAAGCUGUGAGAGGGCUGGUCGUAUGUUUAAAGUCUACUGGGAGCUAUCGGAUCUUAAUCAAAUCAAAGAUGCUGUGGUUGCAACCUUCUUUGACAUUUAUGAAGAUGGCAUCUUAGACAUCAUUGUACUAAGCAAAGGUUAUAAAAAGAAUGAUUUUGCCAUCCACACACUAAAAAAUAACUUUGAAGCAGAUGCCUACUUUGUCAAAGUGAUUGUUCUUAGUGGUCUCUGUUCUAAUGACUGCCCUCGUAAGAUAACACCCUUUGGCGUGAAUCAGCCUGGACCUUAUAUCAUGUACACAGCUGUAGAUGCAAAUGGCUAUCUGAAAAAUGGUUCAGCUGGGCAACUCAGUCAGUCAGCGCAUUUAGCUCUCCAGUUGCCAUAUAAUGUACUGGGUUUAGGUCGAAGUGCAAAUUUUCUUGAUCACCUUUAUGUUGGCAUUCCCCGUCCAUUAGGAGAAAAGGCUAUACGAAAACAAGAGUGGACUGCAAUCAUCCCCAACUCCCAACUCAUCGUCAUUCCAUAUCCACACAAUGUUCCUCGGAGCUGGAGUGCUAAACUGUAUCUGACCCCAAGUAACAUUGUUUUGCUGACUGCUAUAGCUCUCAUUGGUGUCUGUGUUUUCAUCUUGGCAAUAAUUGGCAUAUUACAUUGGCAGGAAAAGAAAGCAGAUGAUAGAGAAAAACGCCAGGAAGCCCAUCGAUUUCACUUUGAUGCUAUGUGACCCGUCUGUAUGUGAUUAUGAAGCUGCUAUUCAUUUGCUUAAUCAAAAUACUAACUGCUAGCUUGAAAAAGGGAAUUGGAAGACAACUAUUUUGAAUGGCUUAUUUAUAAAUAUUGCAUUCCUUAGUAUUUAUUUGGUUAAGUAUUAAGGUGUAAAUGUGUCACAAGGUCUUUUUGGUAAGCACUUUCUAUGGGAUAAUUUUUUGAUUUGUUAAAAUUGUACUUUUUUUUUCAUGGUCAGGGUCCUACUGCAUGUACUAUGCUAUUUAUAAACAGAAAAUCUUCCAAAAUAAUGGCAGAAAAGGCAUCAUGUGUAAAUAAAAAUAAUUUAAACGAGUAA